AUGACCUCGGGUGACGCUGUACUACACUUCCGAUAUUUUACUAUAAAUACUAGUACAUGGUACUCUGUAUACCAACAAACCGAGGAAGACAAUUGUCCGAGCGGCACAGAAGAAAACAGUACCAACAAAUUGAGGAAGACAACUGUCCGAGCGGCACAGAGGGAAAAAGUACCAACAAAUAGAGGAAGGCAACUGUCCGAGCGAUACAGAGGGAAAAAGUACCAACAAAUAGAGGAAGGCAACUGUCCGAGCGAUACAGAGGAAAACAAGUUUCGGCAAAUCAGCAUGGAUACCAUGGUCGUAACCAUAUUGGCAGCAUAUUUGGCACUUUGUGUAUGGUUACCUAGGGUCAGAGGUCAUGGCCGACUUUUAGAGCCCCCGGGUAGGGCCAGUAUGUGGAGGUUUGGCUACAACACUCCCCCAAACUAUGACGACAACCAACUCUUCUGUGGAGGCUUUAAUCGUCAAUGGAAAAUCAAUGGCGGUAAAUGUGGCGUUUGUGGCGACCCCUGGAAUGGAGCACGUGAACAUGAGGCUGGCGGGAAAUAUGCUACUGGAACUAUUGUCCGCCAUUACAGUGAGGGACAGACGAUCAGUGUGAACGUUCAGAUAACAGCGUCACACAAGGGCUACUUUGAGUUCCGGCUGUGUCCUCACAACAACCCCAGCACCCGUGUGUCCCAGGCAUGUCUGGACCAACACGUUCUACAACAGACCGAUGGCAGCACUCGGGUGUACGAGACUGGUCAUCCCACCAACUAUACAAUCCACCUCAAACUUCCGGCUGGUGUCACGUGCUCACAAUGUCUUCUCCAGUGGAAAUACAACGCAGGAAACUCGUACGGCUGUGACGGAGGUCAUUGCUGUGUCGGAUGUGGGGAACAAGAACAGUUUUACGGUUGUGCUGAUGUCAGUGUAGGAUCAAUGGGAUCAUCUUCACCUUCAUCAGGACAAAAUCCACCGUCUGCCUAUCAUCCGGUCAACGUCAUUCCACAGGGACAAACACAGGUAUCAGGCAUUCACUUCCUAAUUCCGGCGAUUGCACAACAACACGGACAAUACAUUCAGAAUCAUCAGCCCGCUGGCUAUGCACCACGGAACACUAAUCACGUCAUAUCCGGUAACUUGUUUUCCGGUGGAAGUCAAACUGAACCGUGUAAAGCUACUCCUCGCUAUCGAGCCAUCUAUCAGUACGCCGACCAGUACUGUGCUGUACAGUGUAGUAGAGGGAGCUGUCCGGUUGAACAGUAUUGUACCUCGGCGUGUAGGAGGUCAUUUGGUGGCAAAUAA